AUGUCGGACAAGCUUACCCGUAUUGCCAUUGUCAGCUCUGACAAAUGCAAACCCAAGAAAUGUCGUCAAGAAUGCAAAAAGUCCUGCCCCGUCGUCCGCACCGGAAAACUUUGCAUUGAGGUCACUCCCGAGUCCAAGAUCGCUUUCAUCUCCGAGCGCCUGUGUAUUGGUUGCGGUAUCUGCCCGAAGAAAUGCCCGUUCGGUGCCAUUCACAUCAUCAACCUGCCGACCAACUUGGAAAGCCAGGUCACCCAUCGUUAUUCCGCCAACAGCUUCAAGCUUCACCGUCUACCUAUGCCCCGUCCCGGCCAGGUUCUCGGUCUUGUUGGAACAAACGGUAUCGGGAAGAGUACGGCUUUGAAGAUUCUCAGUGGAAAAUUGAAGCCCAACCUCGGACGCUAUGAAAACCCCCCGGACUGGGAGGAAAUCCUCAAAUACUUCCGUGGUUCCGAACUGCAGAACUAUUUCACAAAGGUGCUUGAGGACGACCUGAAGGCUGUGGUCAAGCCUCAGUAUGUUGACCAGAUCCCUCGGGCUGUGAAGGGCCCUACCAAGAACGUUGGAGACCUCAUCAAAGCCCGCUCGCAACUGGACAACAUGGAGGAUACCUUGAACAACCUUGAACUUAGACAGGUUCAGAACCGUGAUAUUGAUCACCUUUCUGGAGGAGAGCUUCAGCGAUUUGCCAUUGGUCUGGUUUGCGUCCAAAAAGCAGAUGUCUACAUGUUCGACGAGCCGUCCUCAUACCUUGAUGUGAAGCAGCGUCUCGCCGCCGCCCGCUCUAUCCGAGACCUCCUGCGUCCUGACGACUAUGUCAUUGUUGUUGAGCACGAUCUGUCUGUCCUCGAUUACCUUUCUGAUUUCAUUUGCGUGCUGUAUGGAAAGCCCGCGGUGUACGGUGUCGUUACCUUGCCAGCUUCCGUGCGUGAAGGUAUCAACAUUUUCUUGGAUGGUCACAUCCCAACGGAGAACCUUCGGUUCCGUGAAGACUCUCUCACCUUCCGCCUUACUGAAGCCGGUGACGACUUCAUCCUCGACAAGUCUCGUGCGUUCACCUACCCGACCAUGGAGAAGACCCUUGGAAACUUCCACUUGAAGGUCGAAGCCGGUGAUUUCACUGAUUCUGAAAUCGUCGUGAUGAUGGGCGAGAAUGGAACUGGAAAGACUACAUUCUGUAGAUUGCUUGCGGGUGCCGAGAAGCCUGACGGAAACGUUACGAUUCCUCGCAUGAACAUUAGCAUGAAGCCCCAGAAAAUCACCCCCAAGUUCCAGGGAACUGUCCGUCAACUCUUCUUCAAGAAAAUCAAGGCUGCUUUCUUGUCGCCGCAGUUUCAGACCGACGUUUACAAGCCUCUUAAGAUUGAUGACUUCAUUGAUCAGGAAGUCCAGAACUUGUCCGGUGGUGAACUGCAGCGUGUCGCCAUUGUGUUGGCUCUUGGAAUGCCUGCUGAUAUCUACCUCAUUGACGAGCCCAGCGCCUACCUCGACUCUGAACAGCGUAUCGUGGCAGCCAAGGUCAUCAAGCGUUUCAUCAUGCACACUAAGAAGACUGCGUUUAUUGUCGAGCACGAUUUCAUCAUGGCUACUUACCUUGCUGAUCGUGUCAUUGUGUUCGAUGGUAAGCCAUCUUUUGAUGCGCGCGCCAAUAUUCCUGAGUCACUGGUUACUGGGUGCAACAGAUUCUUGAGGAGUCUUGACGUUACUUUCCGUCGUGACCCCAACAGCUACCGUCCUCGUAUCAACAAGUAUAACAGUCAAAUGGACCAAGAGCAGAAAUUGAGUGGUAACUACUACUUCCUGGAGGAGGAGAAAUGA